UAUAAAAUGGAGCCUUGCUUGAGCUUUGCCUACUACAAGAAUUCAUUUGCGAUUGUCGCCGAAACUUUCAAGCCAGCAAGUGCCAAUUUCCAAAUCGCCAACAAUGAACCAAGUUCAUCAUAUCGCCACAAGACUCUUAGAUUUCCCCAUAGAAAUCAUCCUAGACAUCCUCAGCCAUCUAGAUGUCCACGAUCUAGUACGAGCACGUCGAGUAUGCAACGAUAUUCGACAAGCGAUCGACUCUUCCUCGGAGCUGCUGUAUUCGAUGGACCUCGAAUACUUCAAUGCGAUUCCGGUGCCUUCAAUCCCUGGCUCGGACUAUUCCAUCCCAACACUUCGCAAGUCGCUUCUACAAAGCGAAUCCGCGUGGCAGAAAGCCGAAUACUCCAAAAGAAAUCCCAUCGCUAUUCCACACCCUCCAAGCAUGCACAAAUGGUCGUGCGGCGUUUUGGGAUUCCCAGUGGAAUCCCUACAACAAAUCAUGUUUUUCCAACCCCAGCUUCACUCCAAUACCAUGAACUUGCGUCAAUGGAGCUGCCAAUUGGACAGCGCGGCCGCGCUACGACUUGUGCAUUACAACUUCUCUGUCGCAGGGGAUCUCGUGGCUCUAGUUUUCGGAGCACCCUCAGGGGAGAGCCAUGCGUAUGAUGUCAUUUUCAGAUCGCUCUCAGAAGACAAAGUCCAUCGUGAAGCCGCAUUCCCUUCUGUGAAAGCACUCGACAACGAGGUCGACUUGGAGUUACUCGACCCCUAUACUCUGAGAUCCUCAAUUUUCGGGGACUAUUACGGUGUUUUGUUCAGGAACGUUAACAAAGCAAAUGGCGGAGUGGCCGACUAUUUGCAAAUUUGGAACUGGAAAUCGAAGGACACUUUUCAGUGCCUCGAAGUUUUUGAUCCAGCUUGCAAGACGAUGAAUUUCAGUUUCCUGACAAACGAAAGAAUUCUCGUCGUUAACGCGAGGGAACUAUUGUUGUAUUCACUCGUUCAUGCCCCCAGUGUCCUCCAGCUCACCGCUAAAUUCUCACUCCCUGCCUUGCACAGUCCUUUUGAAUACGCAUGCAUCGGCUUCAGCCCCAUUCCAUCCCACGCCUGCGCGCACAACCAAAUGAUCGCUCUCAGUAUGGACAUUUCAGGGGGGUCCUUCACUAAAAAUCCCUGCUUUACGUCUUAUGUCGAGCGCAAUACCCUCUUAAAACUCGAGUCCACCUACGUGAGCUGCUACGGCAAAGCAACUGAAGACUCCCCCAAUCUGCCUUGGUCCAGCUGGGGCCCAAAUCACACUCGGACGUUCGAGGAGAGCUCAUUCGAUCCUUGCAAACACUCCGUCAUUGGCUUCCGGAGUGCAUCUUUGGUCGGCAACCAGAACUCGAAGAGACCGCUAUGCAUCCGCGACUUUAACCCUCAUCGAGUGGUGGACUUCAAGGCUGGGAAUGGAACAAAAUGGAAUCAACGGCUUGUCGAAGGUGGCGAGAUCUUGCCCAAUUCGAAUCUGUUCUUGGAGCCACUUGGAUCUGGUCUCCCGUAUCUUGAGACGACCACUGAGGAGAAGUUCCGUUCGACUGAUAUGACCAUGGAAGUAAAUAGGGUGACGUUGCUGUCCUUCGAAGUCAUGAACACAAUUAGGAUGCCGAAUGCAGGUGGACAAAGCUUCGUCCAGCAUGAGCUUCUGCAGGGCUUCGAAGUACUUGAUUUCGAGUAGUUUUUUUUUUACCUCGAGCAUCAUGUUAUUUGAGCAUUUUAAUUCAUUUUGCGUCUAACGUGCACAUCAACUU